AUGGAAAUAGGACUUACCCCAAUUGUAUGCAUUGCUCAAGAUUAUAUUCAAGGAAAACCAGUGAAUGAUCUACGAUUACAUAAAGCCAUACUUGAACUACCUGACAAUAAAACCGAACAUCUUCCAGGGUAUCUGCCUCUCGUACCAGGAAUGCCAGUUUUACUCACAGAAAACAUCGCUACCGAACUGGGACUCUCCAACGGUACACGUGGAAUUUUUCGUCAACUUGUAUACGAUGAAUCACCAGAAGAUGUUCGAUACCAGGAUAAGAAUUUUCCACCAAAUACCAAGUUUAUAACGCAACCAAAGUACGCUUUAGUAGAAUUUCCUGGUUGCAAACUUAAUACCAAACUUGCUGAACUGCAGUCCAAAAUAGUUCCUAUAGCUAUUAGUGAAUAA